AUGACGGUCACGAAUCUUUUGCCCGAUCCCUCCGUGGAAUCGGUGAAACUGGCCGUCCGAUCGACUGCGGCAUGCUCGAAUGCCACAGUGUUGACCCUCCAAACCCUUUUCGGGCCUGCGUCGAAAUCCCCCCUCGAUACCAAAUCCGACAUGUCGAGUCGACGCGCCAGACCUACCAAGACUAUCACGACGAGUACGACACGCACGAAGGCGUCGACGGGGACAACACGAACAAAAGUCACCGGGCGGGAUGCCGUCUUGAGCACGCUGGCUGAGAAGGAUGUGUCGCGGCUGUCAUACCAGGAGAAGUUAGUUUUAGCAACGGAAGUCUUCAACACAACGUUAAAGACGCUGUCGGAUGCCGUGAAAUCGCAGUCUUCCAAACGCGACGAAGCCCGGUCUCGCGGGUCGACAUCGCCUGAAACACCGAAGAAGUCGACGGAUGUGGGACUACUGGCGCUAUCUGAGUGCGCAACGAUGGCGUUGUCAUCACUAAGGACGUUGAAGCUGGAACAAGGCAGUCAGGAUAACACGACGCCGAAUGUUCAACUCGAGCAGGGGGCGUGCGUCUUGGCGGGGAGGUAUCUCUCGCUAGGGCUCAAUGACAUGGCAUACAAGGAGUUGAGGGGGCUGAAGCGGAGGAUUCAACAAUUUCUGGACAGCAAGGCCACGGCACGAAAGAAGACGACAAAGAGCGAAGAAGGAUCGGAGGAUGCCACGACCGAACGCAUGUCAGACCUAAUCACGUUCUCCAACCUCACGCAGGCACAGGAUCUGCUCGGCUUGCUGGUCUCAUUUCAAUCCAAUGCUCUACGACUCAUUGCGGCUGAGAAGAAGGCGUCAACGAUACAAAAGGUUGCCUCGUUGCUGCAACUCUCUAGUCAAAGCAGCCCUGCGAACGUCAUAGUCGCCGCAAUGGACAGCGGUGCUCUCGCCAAAGACAAAGCGGCGGUGCAACUUCAACUGUUGUCGAAUACCGUACUAUCGUUAUCCUCGUCUUCCUCGAAAUCCACCGAUGGCGCCACCACGAAAGACCGUCUGAAACCGAUCACCGCAUUGAAUCUUCAAUUGCUGGCAUUGGAAAUUCGCUGCAUGAGCUGGAAGAUUUCUGGACAUAAGUGUGAUGAUGGCAGAGAGGUCUGGGAUCCUCUGGCUCGUUACCUUGCCAGUUUCACGUACAACAACAAUGGAAUCGAGAAGACCGAGUUCGCGAUCACGUACAAGACCAUCGUUCGACUCCAGUCAGCGGUCGCAAAGACCCCAAAGAGCACGGCGACCAACAUGAAGGACAACCUCUCCGUGGCGAAAAUUGCAACGGUACUAGGCCAGCUCGCCCAGGAAGCGGGCUGCUUUGACGAAGCCUUGCAGUUGUUCACGGAAUCUUUGACCCCGUUUUCGAGCAUGCAAUCUCUCUCACUCGCUACCGUGCGUUGCAAGAUUGGAGUUCUGUAUUUCGAAGGUCUUAGGAAAUCGAAGAAGUUCUCGCCAGCCCACAUAUCCAACGCCGUGUCCGAAGCUACUGCCACUCUGAGUAUGCCCUUGAAGGGCAGCCCCAGCGAUCUCGAUGAGCUGCUCGUGGAAGCAGCCCGGCUGAAGAAAUACGCCAUGGCCUGGUUUGGUGAUCUGAUUUCGAAACAACAGAGCAGGAAGGCGGAAGAUAGCGACAUUGCGGCUAGGGUUUAUGAAUUUUUGGCUGGGUUUCUGAGAUUCUUGCGCCGCUACAUUGGCCGCCAGCCAUCGGAGGAUGAAGACUCUAAGGGGUAUGAGACAUUCUCCAAGCGAGUUUCUACUUGUCAGAGCAUUGCCCUCGCCGCAGUGGAUUCUGCGAUUGCCGUUGGAAAAUUAUCUGUCAUGUCCCAGCGACCUGCUUGGGAGGAUAUCCUCUCCAGCCUUGCGGAUUGCCAACGACUUCUGACUAUAAUCGACUCGACCGAUAUGACCGACUCCUCCUUGAUUGAGCAGAUUGGAAUGGGUUUUGUCAAGAUGUCCAACCUUUUCUGGUCGCGAUACCUUAAAGAGAAGGAAGCCGGGAAAGGUUAUCGCGAGCUUGUGCCGCUCUUGAAACAGUCCGCCAAUUUGCUAUCCCCCUGUCUACCGGCUCAGCGCGUCACCGGAUUUGCCGCCCUCAAAUACGAACGACUCGCCCAUGUGUAUAUGGAAGGGAAUAUGAGUGCCGAAUCAGAACAUGCAUUCUGCCAGUCAAUCAGAGAGCAUAUCGAAAAUGGGACUUUGGAGCAAAUCGUUUCUGACGCUUCGAGCGGAUUUCCGCAUCGGACUUCUCAGGAUCCAAAGAGCAAUGCCUUCAUGGUAGGGCGCGUUCUUUCUGCAUUCCUGAAGGUGAAGCUACGGGCCAAGAAAUCAAAGGUGUCGGUCUUCGACGACGAGAGUUUGACGCCAUUAGUACGAGGCCAUCUUCUGGAGUGGCAGAUGGGCAUCUUGACGGAGCUACAUGUCUAUGCUACAAAUGAUGAAGUUUUCAGAGGAAUUUUCAACCUCCUCCUUACGAAGCUUCUCGGCAUAUACUCUUUAGAACUCAACCCCAUCCGCCGCCUACGCGUGGUACUUUGUGGACUUCGCUUCUCGUUGGAGCGCCCGAGCGCUCUAGAACCGUCACUCCUGCAGCAAUUGAUUGAUGAAGCCACCGAGGGCAUCGAAAACGAGGAAGCUGGACACGACACAGACUUGUUCACAUUCUCAACCCAUCUGAAGAACUCAGUCCGACUUACACUGGGUCUUCACCAAGGCGAUUUGCGACCGGAUCAGUUGGACCACGUCAUCUCCUCAUGGACCGCCAUGAUGAAAAACUGUCACGAUUGGGAAUCGCUUGUCUCAUAUGUUGGGGACGUGGAUUACUGCCUGGUUCAAAUGAAGGCCGUGGUGGACUAUACCGAGAUCCAUGGACUGUGGAAACUUCAGCUCUCCGCUCUCGAACUGAUCCUCCGUGUUAACGAACUCGAAGAAUCCGGAGACUUUUCUGAAGCCAUUCUCAUCCUGUCGCGUCUUGUUCUGCAAUAUUGCCGACUCGGAUUCUGCACGAAAGCAAACACUCUCCUGACUCGUGCGGAUCAGUGUCUGGCUCAGAAUGAUGUCUCUUGCUUGGCAACUUUGUCUCAUCGCCUGGCCCGCGUAGGGUACCUGCUGGAAACGGGCGACAUCGAGAAGGCAGCUGCCACGUUAUCGGCGGCACGGGUCCUGUACGAGAAGAACCAGAGGAAGCAGGACCUGAACAGCUGCUCCGUUCUCACAAAGAUCGCCUGGGAACGAUUGGUUGCGGACGCAGCAUUCAUGAGCUCGCGGCUCUCGUUUGCUCAAGGCUCGACUAAUGAUGCCCUAUUCUUUGCUAAGCUCUCCGUGAGACUGAAUUGCCGGAUCUGGGCCAAGGUCGAGAAACUCGCUCAAAGAAAACAGGACAAGAGUCUUCCUAGCACCGAGAAUUCUGAACUUGAAACUGUGGUGGAGGGGAUGGCAAAACUAGAUGUGACCCAAGCAUCGACCAGCACCACGAGCUAUUCCCAGGGUGCUCCCUUCUGGCCUCAUAUCGGCUCUCACCACACUUCGCUAUUGAACCUUUCCUGUCUAUCCGCUCACCAUGGCCUGUUCCAGGACGCCAUCUAUUAUGGAGAACAGGCCUUGAAGGUCAACAAGACACUCAACGCGAACGUCCGAUUGAUUGCUUCCCAGGCCCAGCUUGGAUCUCAUUGGGUCUAUGGAGGUCAUAUUUCUGAGGGCCGAGAGCUAUUGCAAGCUGCCGAGUCGCUGUCUAAGGAGUUAGAGAGCAGCAUUGAGUUGAUCUCACUGCACAUGGGCCUUGCCGCGCUUCACAGAGCAGAAGGAAAUCACAAACACGAAUUGCGUGCUCUUUUCGAUGCCGAUAAGAUCAUGGCUAGCUUUUUGGCGUCCGAGAGUUCAGAUUCUUCUUCGACGUCUUCCAAUGUCACGGACUUGGAGCAGAAGAUGGACAAACUUCAAGUCCGACCUAGCAGCCGAAGGACGACCAGGCAGACGACAACAACAACGACGACUACAUCGACAACGCGGAGGACCCGUACCGCGACGACAUCUUCCCGAAGUGUACCAAAGGUCACAGUCCCGAGUCCUGAACCACCUGCAACUGAGUCAACCACCUUGUCCCACUUUAAGAGCGACAUCUUUCGACAACAAGCCUCCUGUUCGCGUACGCUGCGUGAAUUCGAGAAAGCCUCGGCUUUGCUAGAUGGUGCUCGAAAAUUCGCAGUCUCCCGAGACAGCCAAAUCUCUCUUCACAUUGGCGAAAGUGAGCACUUCCUUGCGGACGCCAUACGCCAUUUCGCCUCACAUGCAGUAUACUGUGUUCUUCCGGAGUCCACAAUUUCUUUGCCGUCGUUACAGUCGCCCACCAAGCCCACCAAGGAAACGGCCUCCUCUAGCAAAACAGCUACGACGAAGAGACCUAGAGCACCCACCAGGGGCGCGCGCUCCCGAACUCAGAAAGCUACCGAAGAUUUUAGCGUUAUGUUGUCUAAGGCGGGUGACUGUUUGAAUAAUGUGUUUUCUACGGCCACUGCUUUGGGAUCCACGCUUGAUAGUCACGCUGCGUCUCGUCUGAUGAGUCGGAUCUCGAUGCUAUCUCAUGUUACUUCCCAUGAAGCUCCGGCGUUGUCUCUGUCUCCUGCUAAUGUUAACGAAAUUGGUCGCAUUGGUGCAUUCGCUAAAGAGCACGUUGCUAUCAGCAUCGACAAACAAUUGGCGGACCUCAGCGACCCGCUUCUCUGGCCCUCGUCCUCGAAGGAAACAUUCCAGCUUGACGAUCCGUGUUCCAACUUCACCAAGGAAUACGUUGACAUUCUUCCAACGAGCUGGAACGUUCUUUCACUGUCGUUGAGUGCAGAUUGCAGUGAAUUCAUUGUUUCGAGGCUCCACCGAGACCGCUCGCCUUUCCUUCUUCGUCUCCCUCUCAAACGAGGCAACUCGGAGGACGAGGAAGAGCAAUUCACCUUUGAGGAUGGCAGGGAAGAAAUGCAGGAGCUCAUCAAACUUGCAAACGAGAGUGCCCAUGCCGCUAAGGCUCAGACGGACCGACAGUCGAAGAAGGACUGGUGGAAAAACCGCGAGGCCCUCGAUGCUCGAAUGGAGAAUUUGCUACAGAAUAUUGAAAAUGUCUGGUUUGGAGGAUUCCGGGGAAUAUUCUCACCUGUGCCGCAUGAUACUGCCCCAUUGGCGCGAUUCGCGACUUCUUUCCACAACAUUCUGGAUAAGCACCUUCCUUCCCGCCAGAAGGGUGGCCGAGCAGAGGGCCCACGACUGACAUUGCAUCCCAAUGUUCUCGAAUUGUUCAUUGGAAUCAAGGAUCUUGGCGAGCAAGAGGAUCCUGAGGAUACUUUGAUGGAUCUUCUCUAUUUCGUGGUGGACAUCCUUCAGUUCCAAGGCGAGCGCAACGCAUACGACGAGAUCGACUUUGAUAUGAUGGUGGUUGAAACCUUGGAUGCACUUCGAGGAUAUCACGAAAUCGUCCAAGAUAGACACGCCCAUCAGGCCCCGAACCACACCGUCCUAGUUUUGGACAAAUCCCUCCAUCUCUUCCCCUGGGAGUCCCUCCCCUCCCUGCAGGGCUUGCCCGUCUGCCGCGUCCCAUCCCUCGAAUGCCUCCGCGAUCGAAUCCUCCGCUUCCGCAACGAAGGCGCCACCAACCUUGACCUCGGUCUCGGUAUCCCACGGAACAACGGCUACUACGUUCUCAACCCGACCGGAGACCUCCAAACGACUGAAACCACCUUCGAGAAAGAUCUAUCCGCCCUCGAUAACUGGAGUGGCGUCGUCAAGCGCGACCCGACCGAGGACGAGUUCAAGGACGGACUCGAAUCCAAGAGCGUGUUCCUCUACUUCGGCCACGGCAGCGGCGCACAGUACAUCCGCGGUCGAACCAUCAAACGCCUCGACCGAUGCGCAGUGACCUUCCUCAUGGGCUGCAGCAGUGGUGCGCUGACCGAAGCUGGAGAAUACGAACCAUACGGCACUCCGAUGAACUACCUCCAAGCUGGGAGUCCCGCCUUGGUAGCCACUCUGUGGGACGUGACGGACAAGGACAUUGAUCGAUUCGCGAAAUCUGUUUUCGAGGAAUGGGGUCUUAUUGGUGGAGAAACGAAACGGGAGAAGGGUUCUCGCGAGACGUUGGACGAAGCCGUGUCAGUGUCCAGAAAAUCUUGUGUGUUGAAGUAUUUGAAUGGUGCGGCACCGGUCAUUUAUGGUGUUCCUACGGUGUUUUUGGAAUAG